AUGGCCAAAUUAACGGAAUCUGGGAAACAGGCCUUGGACAACCUUUUUGCUCGAGCGUCCCAGGAGAAGAAAAUUCCUGGUUUCGUCUUUGGAGCAUCUAAUUUAGAUGGGGAAAUAUACUUCAACGCCACGGGAUUCAAAGUAAUCGAUGAUCCAAAUAGCGGAGAGAUAACGCCAGAUAGCGUUUACUGGAUUUGCAGCCAAACCAAGUUUAUUGUACAUCUCGCAGCUCUCAGACUUAUCGAACAAGAAAAGCUAGGGAAAGAGACCCCAGUCUCGGAUUUCUUCCCGGAAUUUGCGACACCCGUCAUUUUGGAUGAUAUUCUGUCACCAUCCCCUUCUUUCAGGCCAGCGAGUAGCCCCAUCCUCGUAAAACAUUUGCUGAACUUCUCCAGUGGAUUAUUCUAUCCGCCAUUCCCUGACCCAACUAGAAACCUUCCACCUGCUUAUACGAAUAGCUACAAGGAUGCUGAGGAUCCAUUUGCAGAAUUCUUCAGGCUUUUGAAGGGAGACUACCCCGGAAUUCCCAUUAAAUUUGAGCCUGGAACUGACUUUGCAUACGGAUACAGCGCUGACGUUCUCGGCUUCAUCGUUGAAAAAAUUGUAGGAAAAACUAUGGAAGAGCACCUUCAAGAGACUAUCUUUGGACCUCUGGGAAUGGGCUCGUCGUUCUUUCGCACCCCCAAAAUCAUUGAGAAGGAAAUUACAAUGUCAUAUCGCGAGGCUGACGGAACUCUCGUGCCCUGGAAUAACCAACUUAAGCUUAUUGAGCGGGAUCCACAGAACGAUGGAAAAAUCUCUACAGGCAUCAUCAGUCAAGAAACUGCAAAAGAGCUCUUCGUACCUACUUUGACUGAAGCCGGUUCGAAGAGUCUGGAUCUCUUCACUAGAAUCUUUCCCGGAGGUCAAUGGAGUGUAGGACUUGCGGUCUGCUCUCUUGACUGGCCUAAGCGCCGUAAACGGGGUACAGCAUUCUGGUCAGGUUGGGCGGGAUCGUAUUUCUUCAUUGACCCGGAUACUGGCAUUUCAGUCGUUUUUGGAACACAACUUGCGCCGAGUCGCGAUCCGGAAGUUAUUAAGUUAUUUGGGCAGUUGGAGGAAACUCUCUAUGCUGGAUUGGAGGCAUGA